CAAAGAUGAGGGGAGCUUUCCUGCUACAUGGCUCCCCAGUCCCCGCUCCUCAUCCCCUCUCAAUCCUCAUCACCACCACAAAACAACACUUCUGGACUCUGGAGCAUCCUGGCCAAGUACCCGUCAAGGGCCUAGCUCUAUCCGAAGCCAAACCACACGCCCAUUUUCCCACUCCCGCCUCACCCUCACGCUUGUAUGCGCACGCGUUGUCGUCUUGCUUCUCGCCAAGCCCCACGCAGCGUCUACUGCUCGUCUAGCCAUCGCGUCGCGCGCCAGACAUGGGCACCGGCGACACGCUCGACAAGCUGGUGGUGUUCCUGGCGAAGCGCGAUGGCAUCGACAAGCUGGUGAAGACGUUCCAGUACGUGUCCAAGCUGGCGCACUGGGGCGCCGAGUCGUCCUCCCUCCCGGAGCUCGCCAGGCGCGCCAAGAGCUGGGAGACGGCGUCCGGGCUGAGCCGCAAGGCGUUCCGGUCGGGCCGGUUCCUGACGGGCUUCAACGCGCUGCGCCGGGGCCCGCCGCCGCCGGGGGACGAGUUCGGCGCGCUCGCCGUGCUGGCCAACGCCGGCGAGAUGGUCUACUUCUUCUUCGACCACUUCACGUGGCUGUCCCGCGUGGGCGUCCUCGAUCCCUGGAUAGCUCCCCGGGCCAGCUACGUGUCGGCCUUCGGCGAGGCCGUCGGCUACGUCUUCUUCGUCGCCAUGGAUCUCAUCAUGAUCAGGCGGGGCCUGCGGCGGGAGAGGAAGCUGUUGAAGGAGAAGGACGGCGGCGAGGACGCGGAGAAGGAGGUGCGGAGGAUCCGGGUGGACAGGGUGAUGCGGCUCAUGGCGACGGCGGCCAACGCCGCCGACUUCAUCAUCUGCAUCGCGGAAACCGAUCCCAACCCGUUCUGCAACCACGCCGUCACGCUGGGGAUUAGCGGCCUCGUCUCAGCGUGGGCCGGCUGGUACAGAAACUGGCCCUCGUGAGCUGGGCCGGGUCAGCCCAUGUGCAUGUUUUUCUUACUAUUUCGCUAAGCUGGCAUACUCAUGAAGUCAUGAAAGAUAGUAGAACCAUGUAAAUUGUUAUAUGCUCCAAUGGAAUAUCGAAAUAAUAAAUUAUUAACAUAGCGUUAAUAGUGCA